AUGGUUUCCGAUUCCUUUGCAGUUGUGAUCUGUCAUGGCUCCUACCAUACUCCCGCCCCAUAUCAAGCUCUUGUCGAUGCCUUGACUGCUAAAGGCAUCGAAGCCCAUUGUCCCCAACGGCCCACUUGUGAUCUAAGUCAGCUCAAUGUCGGCAACCCCAACAACCCUGAUUUCGACCGCAAGGCUCCCCCAGGAGGCUAUCCUCUCCCUGCAGAUGAUGCAGCAGAGAUUGGGAUGCUGCUCGACAAGUUGAUUGCACAGGGAAAGUCUGUACUACUCGCAGGACACUCUUCCGGUGGUUGGGUCGCCGCUGAGGCUGCACAAUCUUCUCGCCAAGCUCCUGUCCGCGCAAGGGAAGGAAAGAUCGGCGGUGUCAUUGGGAUAUUCUUCAUCGGAGCCUUCAUUGUUCUGCAAGGACAAUCAGUCCACUCAUUCUUUCAGCCCCCGGACGGCAAAGUUGUCGUGCCUCCGUUUAUGCAGUUCCAUAAACACGGAGUGAAUGGCCUCGGGACCAUGAUAUACCCAGAAAAAUACCUCUUCAACGAUGUUGACGAGGCGACUGCGAAGAAGUGGGCCUCCACGCUGACAGCAGCUCCUGUUAUGAAUAGUCCCCUUACCCACAAUCCUUAUGAUGUGCUCCCGUGCGCCUAUCUUGUACUAGAAAAGGACCUUACAUUGCCCAAGGAGUAUCAAGAAGGAAUGGCAGCGAGUCAGAGCAAGCCAUUCACAGUGUACCAUGCGCCCUGUGGUCACUCGCCGCAUAUUAGUUGGACAGAUGAGCUGGUUGCGAAGAUGGAGGAAUUCGGGAACCAGGUGCUAGCUAAACGCAGGACAGAUUAA